AAUCCAAAUCUAUUUAAACCCUAAACCCUAAUUUCCUCUUCCUCUCUCCAUAAACCCUCUUCUUCCUCUUCCUCUCAGUUUUGUGUGUUCUGACAAAAAAAAAAGAUGCCGAAAAAGAGUACAAAGAGCAAGAGCAAGAGGGUGCCCUUGAAGCAGAAGCACAAGGUCAUAAGAAAGGUGAAGGAGCACCACAAGAAGAAGGCAAAGGAAGCUAAGAAGCUGGGCCUUAACCGUAAGCCCAGAGCAGAGAAGGAUCCAGGCAUCCCCAACGACUGGCCUUUCAAGGAACAGGAGCUUAAAGCCUUGGAAGCUCGACGUGCUCGCGCUCUCGAGGAGAUUGAGCUGAAGAAAGUCGCCCGCAAAGAAAGGGCGAAAAAGAGGAAACUUGGUUUGGUUAUUGAUGAGGAUACCAAGACAGAAGAAGGGUAUGGAGAGGGGAAGAGUGGAGAUGACUCAACUAGACUUGUUAAUGUUCGAGAUAACUCUGAGAAUGCUUUCAAGAAGGAGCUUAAGAAUGUCAUUGAAUUGUCUGACGUCAUUCUCGAGGUUCUUGAUGCACGUGACCCCCUUGGCACGCGUUGCACCGCCAUGGAGGGGAUGGUGGGGGAAGCUGGUCCCAGUAAGCACCGUGUGUUGGUUCUGAACAAGAUUGAUCUUGUUCCUAGAGAGGCUGCUGAGAAGUGGCUUAAGUACCUCAGGGAAGAAUCUCCAGCUGUUGCAUUCAAAUGUAGCACUCAGGAACAGAGAUCAAACUUGGGGUGGAAACCAUCAAAGGCGUCAUCGAAACCAAGCAGUGUUUUGCAGACGAGUGAUUGUCUUGGUGCAGACACUCUUAUCAAAUUGCUGAAGAACUACUCGAGAAGUCAUGAGUUGAAAAAAUCUAUUACGGUUGGUAUCAUUGGACUCCCUAAUGUAGGGAAGAGUAGUCUUAUCAACAGUUUGAAGAGAGCUCAUGUUGUCAACGUCGGUGCUACCCCUGGACUGACUAGGUCUCUCCAAGAGGUUCACUUGGACAAAAACGUGAAGCUGUUGGAUUGUCCUGGUGUUGUGUUGCUCAAAAAAUCUUCGGCGAAUGAUGCUUCUAUAGCUCUCCGGAAUUGUAAAAGAAUCGAGAAGUUGGAAGAUCCAGUUAGUCCAGUGAAGGAGAUUCUCAAGCUUUGUUCAACACAGAUGCUUGUGACUCUGUACAAGAUCCCAAGCUUCGAGGGGGUUGAUGAUUUUCUUUAUAAGGUUGCCACCGUGAGAGGCAAGCUUAAGAAGGGUGGUCUUGUGGAUACGGAAGCUGCUGCGAGGAUUGUGUUGCGUGAUUGGAAUGAAGGCAAGAUUCCAUUCUAUACAAUGCCGCCGAAGAGGGAGCAAGGCGAACACGCAGAGUCAAAGAUUGUGCCGGAGCUGGCUAAGGAGUUCAACAUCGAUGAGGUUUACAGUGGUGAAUCCUCUUUUAUUGGGAGUUUGAAGACUGUCAACGAGUUCAACCCUGUUGAGAUUCCUUCGAAUGCUCCUCUCAGUUUCGAUGAAACUAUGGUCGAGGAUGAGUCUAAGACUCAGACGGAAGAAGAAGAGGUUGGCGUUGAGAGUGAUGGUGAUGAGUCUAUGGGAGGGGAAGGGGAGGAGGAAGAAACAGGAAAGUCGAAAUCAGAGACAAGCAGGCAGAACAGGAAGCUAUACGCAGCGGAAAGCAUGCUGAACACAAAAAUGCAGAAAGCAGAGAAGAGUAAGAGGAAGAAGGCUAAGAAAGCAUCAUCAGGUGGUGAGGAGGAUUCCAUGGAAGGAGAUUAUGAUUUCAAAGUAGAUUACGCCAAGAACAAAGGUACAACAGACAUGGAUGAAGGAGAUGGAUUACAAAUUGAGGCGAAAGUACCAAUGGCUGAACUAGUUGAUUUACCUGAAGAAUGAUUGAACUCUUUGAAACAAACAACACUUUUAUUCUCUUUAUUAUUUGCGUUUAUGAUAAUUUAUUAUGGUCUAGUAAUCUACUUCUACUCCACCAAUUACGUUGAGUUAUCAAAAUUUCUAAAGAGCAUUGAGAUUUGAGCUGCAAA